GUAAUGCUAGAUGCAAAUUAGCCGGUGGACCUAACAAUUUGGGUGUCGCUGAGGCUCCCUUCCAAACAGCACAGUAUAGUGCUGCCGUCGACGCCUUCCCCCCGCGCUAUUUUAUGAUUAUCGCAGCCAAACUGUAAUCAUACCCCCACCCAUAAAAUCCCAAUACAAAUACCACCCAACAAAUAGGUAGCGAGAAAGAAGAAGACCAGCCAACGCCAAAAGCUACCACAGCAGGAGAGGGGGAGAGAGAAACAGGAGGCGGCGCCUCGGUUGCUGGCUUCCCUCAUGCAGGGCGAGUACCGCUCUUCCAGCGAGGAGUCGGCCGCGGUGGCGGCUGCUGCUGCGGAAGCUAUGGCUCCUUUGGCGGCUGCCACGGUCAAGAUGGAGGAGCAGGCGGCGAUGACGCCAGCUGCGCAGCUGCCGUCGCAGCAACAGCCGCGGCGGCAGUACCGCGGCGUGCGCAUGCGCAAGUGGGGCAAGUGGGUGGCGGAGAUCCGGGAGCCGCACAAGCGCACGCGCAUCUGGCUGGGGUCGUACGCGACGCCCGUGGCGGCCGCGCGCGCCUACGACACGGCCGUGUUCUACCUGCGCGGUCGGUCGGCGCGGCUCAACUUCCCCGACGAGAUCCCCGCGCUGGCGCUGUCCGAGGGCGAGCCCCGCGAUGCCGACGGCGGCCCGCUGUCCGCGGCCUCGAUCCGGAAGAAGGCCAUCGAGGUGGGCUCGCGCGUGGACGCGCUGCAGACCGGCAUGAUGGUCGCGCCCACGCACCACCGCGAGCGGCAGAAGCACCACCACCACCACACGCAGCUGCAGCUGCAGGCCGAAGAGCAUCGCCAGGAGCAGAAGCAGCAGCGGGCGGCGUGGAGCGGCCGCGCCAAGAACCCGGAUCUAAACCGUGCGCCCAGCCCGGAGAGCUCCGACGCCGAGUGAAGCAGCAAGCAGCAAGGCACCGCAGGUCUUAACGACCUUUCCCUCCCGCGACUCCAAGAACACGCCGUCUCCGUCUCCGCGCAUGAUCCAGCACAACCGCUGGAUCCAUCCGUCCACCUACCUAUUCGUCCAUCUCCAUCUCCGGAGCCGGCGGCGGGGCCGCGGCGAGAUUUUUCGAUACGUUGUGGAUAAGCACGAGGUGGGCUGGGCAGCGUCGGGAGGCGGUGUCUUUCCAAAUGUCAAAAAGGACAGCUGUAACAGCGAUAAGAAAAACAAGUCAUCUCUCAUAUUUCUCCCCUCCUUGUUUCCAACUAGAUAAGCAGCAGCGAUUGCUACUUUGAUUAAUCAAAAGAUCAAACCGGCCUCCUCCCCUGCCUGCUUAUUUGUUUAA